UUGCAUAAAAGCUCUGUUGACGAUGCCCUACUGAAAUGCGGAGAAAACUGUACAAAUUCUGUGUGGUAGGCGGUGCUUCUAUGGCGGUAGUGUUAGUUGUGAUGAUUCUCAGACUGCUUUUUCAAUCACGGACAACAAUAGAUUUGAGUGAAAGAACAACAACAAACGACCGACUUCAGUGCACCAGUGUUAAAGUUAAGUCCUGCUCUGGAUUUCAGUUGAAGGAGGAAACUCUGUGUGUCACAGCUAACAUGAAGGCAUCGAUCGAUACACAGAGAGCGGAAACCAUUGUCAGCACUGUUCCACAAAAUUUAUCGUUUUUCGAUGUAAGGGAGUUAAAGAAACUAGACACUUUGCUUAGACUUUUUAUAGACGUUUGCAAAAAGGAGAAAAUCUCGUUCAUGUUAUACGGGGGUUCGCUUUUAGGAUCAUAUCGCCAUCACGGCAAAAUACCAUGGGAUGAUGACGUUGAUGUCCUCGUCGGGUCAAAGUUCAAGGAACGUUUGCGACAGAUUAUUGAGACAGAGUCUGACUGGUCUAAUUUUCUUAGCGUUCGAACAGGCACUCUAUCACAAUGGAAAGUCUACAGAAAGGUUGAUGACUAUUGGCCUUUUAUAGAUGUGUUCUUUUACGAUGAAAACCAAACCCACCUCUGGGACACAGCUCCUCAGUACCGAGGCCGCUUUGUUUACCACACAAAAGAUGUAUUUCCUCUUGAAUUCCGCUUGUUUAAUGGCCUGUGUAUGCCAGUGCCAAAAAACAUUCGAGUCAUUUUAGAGCAAAAUUACGACGUUGACCGAUGCCAAAGUCCGAGUUUUAACCAUUUGACUAAUUCCAGAGUUCCGUCCAAGAGAAGACUGAACCUCCCAUGUAAUAAACUCUACGCCUGGUUCCCUUUUGUUUUCCAUAAUACCGACAAUCAUCAGAUGUUUUCUGAGGUGCUGAAGAUAAAUAAUAGCAUCAUUUCAUUUUAUAAAAGAUAUGAAAAGAAAUAAACCAAUAACCGUAGUGUUCUGCAUGUAUUUGUUGAGUAAAUUUGUGAUUUCCUAAUGUAAUGGCAAAUGCGACUCAGAAGUAACUUAUACUAAUUCGUGAACUGUUUGAGAUAGAAUAUAAUUGCUUUGAACAAAAUUAUAGUUGUCUCCUUAGGGUUAUUGUUUUUACUGUUUUUACUCACAAGGUUAAACGACCCAAGGAAUAUUGAUAAGAUAUAAAAUUAGUCCAAGCUUCGCGCUUUGUCGGAAGGCAUGAAAUGCAAAAUGGAAUUACUUUAUAAUGCGAACAGAACUCUUUGGGGAAACCGAGCUAUGAUAGACAUGGUAGUCUUCUCUGAAGAAUAGCCCUUCGUGGACUGAAAAUGGCAAUCAAUGUUACAAGACAAUUAUAACGACAGCGAACUUGAAGAAAAAAUCGAAAUCUUCUACUACAUUUAAGAAAUGGGUGACAGGUUUACGCAACUGUACCGAUGCACAUUCACGAUUAAUCGACUUUUACCCUGGAAACUAAUCUUAUUGCGAAAUCACUGAAUCUCGAUGUGUCCUCUUUCUCAAGACGUUUUGGAACGAUGUCCUAUAACGUGAAAUAUACCGCCAACGCUAACGUCACGAUGACUGUGGAAGAUACGGGGAGGACGGAAUUAGGUCAAAGUUCAGUCACAACCAGACUUAACCCUUCUAAGGUCGAUGGGGCCCAGUCGAUAAGCAUCACAGCCUUCUGUCGGAAGAUCACGCCGUUUGUCGUCGCCAUUAUCUGCAUUGUCAUCUUUAUUGCCGUUGUCAUUCUCGUUUUCCACGAUUUUUUCUGAUUCUGUCUGAAAUCCACGAAGUUUGCACCAGACUUGAAAAAAUCCACACGAUGAAGACGCCAUCGUUGUAUUAAAUUCAAACAGACAGAAUGCACGUGAACAUUGCUUGUGCUCAAAUAAACAAUUCAUUUUACAUUUACUUGUACUUACAAUGUCUGUAUGAAUCCUGAGUAUGUGAAUAAAGCAUCAAUACAUAAGAAAGAAUGUACAGUAUAGUAUUUAACUUUGCUUGUGUGAUUUUUAAUUUGUAAAUUUCAAUGCAUGUACACUUGUAUGAGGUUAAAUAUAUAGGCUGGUACAUUUUACAACUGAAAAUUAUAUACAAACUACAUAAAGGGAAAAAAUAUUUGCCAUAGUUAUUUAUUCACUCAGAGAUCUCUAACACCAAAUUGUCAUUAACUUGUGUACAGUGAACCAUGUUCAAUCCGACAUGCAUCAGAGACAAUAUCGUGCCAGAAUAGAAUUGUAAAGGGCAUUCAUUCCGGUAAAUAGUAGAUGGAAG